UCAAGUAGAUAUGUAAAUUAAUAUUGGAAUUAUCAAUAUAUAUAUAAUUAUACAAAAACAAGUUGCGCCGCUGUCAAAGUCGAUCGUCGGGGAAUUAACGCGCGCUCUCAACGUUUUCGGUACGACAUUUAUAUGGUGAUCUGAGCCAGAACAGACUGUUCAAAUUUGUCGACGACGCAGUUAACUUAAUAAUUAUCUGUUAUUGAAACUCUUCUCCCCCACGCAAGAAGGUUUUAUUUAACACGAAAAAUUUGAAAACUGCAUCGCUAAGUGAGCAAAGUGACCGAACACCAGGCGUGACCAUGGCAUUACUGGGCCAAAUGUGUUAACGUAUAUCUCGUAUAUAUACUAAAUAUAGUCGUAUCAAAUUAGCUUAAUAUUUAAAAACACAAAAACCCCAAAUAACAAACAAAUUAAGCAAAAAGUGCAAAUAUGCGAUUGGCCCACAAUUUGGUGGUCUGCUGCUGGCUUCCCUUACUCAUUUGGAUAUCGUGGAGUGAUGCAUUGCCUCGCCCGCAAUACGAGCUGGAGGAUAACGAGGUAUCCACCAAUUGUGGAGGUGAUAAUGGCGCUCCACUGAUAACGCCCUGCAAGGAAUCCAUCAAGCUGGAAUACAGUACCAACUACACGCUGCGCUGUGAGGGCAGUGAGCCGAUCAUUUGGUGGGCGAGUCACGAAAGGCCGCUGGUCAGUAGCUUCGACAAUACGGAGGAGGAUCCCCAGCGUCCGUAUGGCCUGCAGUUGCACCUGAUCGAGGUGUCGGCGGAAAAUGUGGGUGCAUAUUAUUGCAUCAAGGAGUCGGAGGCGGGGCGCCUCAAAAGCAGCACCGACGAGAAGCUGGGCGAGAUGCUCGGCGAAAUGGUGAACGACGAUCUUGGCAGCACCAUAUAUGUGUUUGUCAACGAUCCCAAUACCCUGCUGGUGCCAACGGGACCCAUUGUACAUGCCCGCCAGUACACGGAUGUGGUGAUACCCUGCAAGCCCUCGAUGCCCGAAACGGAAGUGCUGCUGACAUUCAAUGGAGAUAUAUUUUACAGCAAGACCUCUGGUCGUUACGAUCCCAAGCGUGGCUUCACCAUCGAAAUACGCAGCAUCAUCGAUGGUGGGGAGUAUUAUUGUGAGCCGGAGCACCCUGCCGCUGAGAAUGAAGAGGAGAACACGGUCAUAGUUGUGCGCUUUAUCGGUAACGGUCACAUUGAUACAUCUGGAUUGGAUACCACCAUUCUGCCGCCUAACACAGAGUACGUUGUCGAUGAGUACAACGUUGUUGCGACGGAGGUUACUGCAGAUAAUGAUAUUGUAGAGAAUGAUGAUGAUUUCCUCACUACACUAACUAACACAACACAAAUGGGUAAUGUGGCUCUAAACUCUGGUGCUGGGCUUGGUCGUAAUCAAUCUGAGACUGAAACUCAAUCCGAUGAUCGCUCAAAAUUAAAUGCAUUGCGUCAUAAGCGUAGUCCAGUGCGUCUGCUGGCAUCGAUGAGUCCAUCGCCCUCGCCAAAUCUAGGGCAAGCGAAUGAUCGCUUGAAUAAGCCCUCGAUCAGCUCCACUGCACGGAAUCAUGUCUAUGCGAAUGGCACAUUCACCCUGGUCUGUGAGCUGUCUGCGCCGCAGGGCGUGAACUAUGACAUGACCUGGAGCACGCCCAACAACAGGGAGAAGUGGACACUGCACGAGGAUUCCUACCAUCUGGAUGCUGCCGGUCGGAUUACCUAUACAAAGCCGCGCUUCGACAACACCAUGAAGAACAACACCCAUGUGGUGGGGAGCAGCAAGUUGACGGUGACCCAAGUCCAACGAACCGAUGAGGGUCCCUACAAAUGCAUUGUCACCGAUAGCUUUGAUCGGCCCCAGUUCAUCACCUACAAGAUCAAAGUUAUGCAACCGAACUCAAGCUAUUUGGAUGUGCGAGAGCCCGCUGGCCACUACAAUGUGAAUGAGUUUGCCAAUCGUACGAUCACAAUGACCGCGGAAUUCGGUGGCUAUCCCCAGCCCAGCUUCAAGUGGUACAAGCCCGAUGGCAGUGAAAUUUGGGAGGCGGAGCACAACUUCAACAUUGUAUCGGAGGAGUCGAGCACCACGCUGCGGCUGCACAACGCCCAGCUAAAGGACAGCGGCACGUAUGUCCUCAAGGGCACCAAUGGCAAUGUCACCCGGUCGCUGGAGUACAAUGUGAGCGUGAUGUCCUCGCCAGAGCUCAGCAUGGAGGAUGUCUAUGUACAGGCGGGCAAUGAGGCGCAUUUGGAUUGCCUUGUGCGAUCCUUUCCCCCAGCGGUGGUUACCUUUCUCUUCAGGCCCUGCACUCUCGUGCCGCGUUGGCCCACCUGUGCCACACUCAAUCAGAAUUUCAGUUUCAAUGUGCAGCCACGGCCGGGCAAACUCACUGUGGAACGCAUCUAUGCCGUGUCCUUUACACCCACAGAGCCGGGCAUACUCUCCUGCGUGGCGCAGAAUCUGGUGGACGGUGUGCCGCGCAUGGCCAUUACCAAGUCCCAUGUGCUGAUGGGUAACAUAGCGGAGAACAUGACCAUCUACGGCCUGGAUGAGCAUCGAAAAAUUGCCAAAGGGGAUGAGGAGAGUUUCACUUGCGAGGCCUUGGCCUACCAUUUCGAUGGCAAUCUGCAGUGGUAUCACAAUGGAGAGGAGGUGGAGCCAUCAGAGGCUCUUCUGAUACAAACGAGCCACAGUAAUUACUCCUACAAGAGCACGUUGAAGUUCCCAUCGAUGGGCGACGGAGAUCGUGGCACCUACGAGUGCCGCGCCCAUCACAUACUCCACCCCAGAGAGUACGACAGUCGGGAGAUUGAUGUCUAUGUUCACGAUCCCAAGGCACCGCAGUGGGUGCACACCAAUCUGAAUGCCAAUUCGAAGAUGGAAAAGAAACUGGGUGAAUCUUUGGCCUUGGAGUGCCGCUCCAUGGCCGUGCCGCAGGCGAAUGUGCGCUGGUUCAAGGAUGGCAAGGAGCUGCGGGAAACAAAUCUCACGCACAUCAUUGACGACCAGGAGAAGCUGCUCAUCACCCAUUUGUAUCCCUAUGACGAUGGCAUCUACAGGUGUCUGGUGGAGAAUCGUUUGGGCAGCAUUGAGAACUCCAUCACGGUGGUCAUUGCUGAUAUGCCUGGAAUUAACAAAGCCUGGAUUUGGUUUGGUGUCCUGCUCUUCCUCAUCCUCAUCAGCUUGUGCGCCUUUCUGGCGGUGCGCUACCACAAGGAACACAAACGACACUUGGCCUUGAAGUUGGCCGGUUUGGCCAACUUCGAGGAGGGUGCUGUGGAUCACAUAAAUCCCGCCCUCUCGCUCGACGAGCAGGCGGAUCUGUUGCCCUACAAUCGCGAAUUUGAGUUCCCGCGCGACAGCUUGAAGCUGGGCAAACAGCUGGGCGCCGGCGCCUUUGGUGUGGUGCUCAAGGGCGAGGCCAAGGGCAUACGCGCCGAUGAACCCACCUCUACGGUGGCCGUCAAAAUGGUCAAACGCACCGCCGACAAUGAGGUGGUGCGUGCCCUGGUCUCCGAGCUAAAGAUCAUGGUGCAUUUGGGCCAGCACUUGAAUGUGGUUAAUCUGCUGGGUGCAGUGACCAAAAAUAUAGCAAAGCGUGAACUGAUGGUCAUUGUGGAAUAUUGUCGCUUUGGCAAUGUGCAAAACUUUUUGCUUCGUAAUCGCAAGUGUUUUAUCAAUCAAAUAAGUCUCGUGAACGAUAGAAUCGAUCCGGCAAUUAUGAUUCAACGGGUGUCGGAAAACUUUGAGCUAAAUCGCGAUAUAAAUGGUGGCGGUGGCGGUGGUGCUGGUGGCUUGAAAUAUGCUAACGUCGGUUUCCCCAACCAUCCGUAUACCAAUCACAUGAACUCCGUAAACAACAAUUAUACGCAAAAUCAUCGCAGAAAUUCGGACAACGAUCCACGUUCGGGCACGCGUGCGGGUCGGCCGGGCUCCGCUGGUUACAGCUACGAUCGUCAGACGGACACCUGUGCCACAGAAGCCACUGUGAUGACAACAGUGCCAGAGGAUGAACAUGUAAUGUCCAACAAUUCGAUACAGCCCGCCUGGCGUUCCAAUUACAAGACAGACUCCACGGAGGCCAUGACGGUGACAACAACGGAUCUCGUUAGCUGGGCCUUUCAGGUGGCACGUGGCAUGGACUAUUUGUCCUCCAAGAAGGUGCUGCAUGGCGAUCUGGCAGCACGCAACAUACUCCUGUGCGAGGAUAAUGUGGUGAAGAUCUGUGACUUUGGUCUGGCACGUUCCAUGUAUCGCGGCGAUAACUACAAGAAAUCAGAGAGCGGCAAGCUGCCCAUCAAAUGGCUAGCGCUGGAAUCUCUCAGUGAUCAUGUGUUCAGUACUUACAGCGAUGUGUGGUCCUUUGGCAUUGUGCUGUGGGAGCUGUUCUCGCUGGCCAAGGUGCCAUAUCCGGGCAUAGAUCCCAAUCAGGAGCUGUUCAACAAGCUCAAUGAUGGCUAUCGCAUGGAAAAGCCGCCAUAUGCCAAUCAAGAGCUCUACGAGAUCAUGCUCGAGUGCUGGCGGAAGAAUCCUGAGAGCAGACCCCUGUUCGCUGAGCUGGAGAAGCGUUUUGCCACCAUGCUGGGCGAGGAUGUGGCCAAUCACUAUUUGGACCUUAACAAUCCGUAUAUGCAAACGAACAUGGAGUACAUGAAGAAUCAGUCCACAGACUACUUGGCCCUCAUGGGCUCCCCCGAUGAACUGGCGCCGGCGGCACCGCGUUACGUGAAUGGCCAUAUAGUGCCCGAUAUACGAAUCGAGGAGCUGCCCGAUGACUAUCAGGCGAUGAGCAGCAGCAGCCCACCCGAUACCAGCACCGCCAUCUAUUCACCCACACGCCUCGAUGGCGAUGAUAUGGCACCAACAGCCAAUUUCACAGAGUUUGCUGACUUCUCACCGCUACAAACAACCGACACCUCUUUCACCUUCUCAGAUGCCACACCAGCCCAAGGACAACGCCCCGGACAGGUCGGCCAGGUGGGACAGCACUCGCCGACGCUUAGCAACAAUAUGAACAGCAGUCUACACAAGCCGCUGCGCAAGAAGAACGGCCUGCCGACGGUGGAUGCCGCCGAUCAGGCGCCCGAGGAGAUACCCAUGCUCCAUCGCACAUCAACAUCGGAUGGGGAGCCGAGUCCGGAGCAGGGGCGACGCUUCAAUCAGGCGCUAAAGCAGCAAUAUGUGACGCCCAAGCCAUCGCCACGGCACCACGUGGAGACGAAACUUAAUGGCGAUGCCGAGAACUAUGUGAAUGUGAAGCCGCCGCGUAAAAAUCUCGUCAGUAAGCCCACAACUGGCGGUGGUGGGGGCAGCAGCAGCAGCAGCAGCAACACAGAAGCGUUCUCCAAUCCCAGCUAUCAGCCGCUUUCCGCAUUGAAUGAGAAGGAGGAGGAGCGACGAUAUUAGACGGGCGAGAGAUGCAGAACGGAGCAGCCAGAUUAGCUUAAGUUAGACAAAACAAUACUACUUAGUGGCAUUGUGAUCCAUCUGAUAUAGCCUUAAGACGACACUCACUCCAUGUUAUAUAUACCUGCAUAUAUGUAUACUUGAUUAAUGCCAUUUCAUGUUUAAUUUUAGCUGUUACUUUUAAGUCGAAUUAUCGUUUAUGUUUAUGUAUGUCUCCAAAUGUGUAUGCAUGUACCUACCUACCUUUAAUUACUCAAAUAGAAUGGGUAUCAAAUUAAC